AUGUUGAGGAUGCGCAUUGCCGAAGAUUGCGGGACGCUCCGAGCAUGCGUGGGGACAAUUUCCCUCUUGCGCAUGCGUGGUGGGGCGAUCAUCCCCCUCCGAGCAAGCUGCAGGCAGACACGUGAAGGUCGCUCCCGGCGGCGAGCUGUGUGCCCGGAGCCUGGCAUGGAGGCCUCGUCCCCCGCGGGCCUGGGCGCCACCGACCCGCAGCUGCAGCAUUUCAUCGAGGUGGAGACCCAGAAGCAGCGCUUCCAGCAGCUGGUGCAUCAGAUGACCGAGCUGUGCUGGGAGAAAUGCAUGGACAAGCCUGGGCCCAAGCUGGACAGUCGGGCAGAGACCUGUUUCGUGAACUGUGUUGAGCGUUUCAUAGAUACCAGUCAGUUUAUUCUGAACCGGUUGGAGCAGACACAGAAAUCCAAGUCAGCCUUCUCAGAGAGCCUGUCUGACUGAGCAGGGCAUGGACUUCUCUGUUCCCUUAAUAAAGAGAACUGCACAUCAAAUGGGAGAGAGAGAGGAAAAGGAGAGCGGCUGAUGGGACAGCUAUAGAAGACAAGCUGUGGGGAAGUUGGCUCCUUCCUCGGUCAGAUUCUAGAGUGUCCUGUCAUCUGAAUGAGCUGAGAUCAGCUUUUUGUUUUGUCCUUUAAAAUGCCAAUUUUGUGAAAAUUACAGCUAGAGAAGAGAGCCUGUAACAGAUGCACAUUUACUACUCUACUUGGCGGUGUACUGUUCUCAUUCCCACUGACUACCUUUCAUAUACUGGCUUCACACUGGGAUUGUGUGGACAGAACUUCUUAUGUCAAGCGCACUAACUCCAAAAUGUUUAACUGGGGGGAGCACACCAAGAUAUCUAGGAUCUUAUCUAAUUCAAGUACUGGAGCCAGUAGGGAAUGAAACAUUAAGUGAAGCUUAGGAAGGGGACCACUACGUUAAACGGUCUUGUAUUCAGAAUCAGUUUUUAUGAUUAACCCUCCCCUAAGAGAAAGACUAGUGAAUCUUGGUCUUAGAACCAGACUGCAGCUGAGUUGAUCUGUGCCUUCCACGUGCCUAGGGGAGGACAACAGCUUGGGUUGCAGGACUGCACCAAUCUAGCUUACUGUCCUUUGAUAGAAGAACUUGCCCAAGGAUGUAGCUACGGGAAGAGAUUUUAAGCCUCACUUAAGAUAUAAAGUCAGUCAUGUGACCAAGUAACAGUUGUUUCAAUUAGAAGUGCAACAUUGUUAAAAAUUGAUUUGUUCCAUAAACUGCUUUCUCCUGAUCAUUGGAAUAAAUAUUAAUUGGAUCAA